AUGUCAAAAGGAGAGAAGAAAGCAAGAAAAGCUCUUGAAAAAGUUGGACUUGUUGAAGUACCAAAUGUUGUUGAAUUUUCACUUAAAAGAGCAGGAAGUAAAUUCGUUAUUAAUCAACCAGCUGUUUAUAAGCUUCCAUCUAGUGAACAUUAUGUAGUAUAUGGUGAACCAAGAAAUGAAUAUAUGGACGAAAAGACUAAACGUAUUCUUGAACAACUUCAAGCUAACAUGAAAGAACAACAAAAUACAACUGAAGAGAAAAAAGAAGAACAAGUCAAUGAAAGUAGUGCUCCAGCUACUACUGAAGCUGUUGAAGAUGAUGGAUAUGUUCCAGUUGAAGCUGAUGUCAAUGUGCUUAUGGCUCAAGCUAACACCACACACGAAAAAGCAUAUGCAGCUCUUAAGAAGACAAAAGGUGAUCUCGUGAGUGCUUUCUUUGAAUUCCAAUAA